AUGAUGUUGUUUCUAUUAAUCGCUCUCGCGAGCAUCCAUUCGAGUUGGUCUCAACGUGAUUCUUCGAUGGAUGAAAAUAUAGCUAGAAACGCGGUGCAUACGAUUCCAUUGGGUUCGGAGGUGACUUUUCAUUGGAGAGUGGAUCUAAUGAAUAAAUUGGUGAUCGCGGAAGUUCAUUUUGUCGGUAAUGAUAGCAGCUGGUUCGCGAUCGGAUUUUCCGACUACGGAGAAUUGAAACCAGCUGAUUACUGCGUUUUAUGGUCCGACUGGCACCAACAAAUUCACUUUCAAGAUUCAUGGGCGGAUGUCGAUGGGAAAUUACAUCUGGACACUCAGCAAGACUGCGAUAGCUUUGCGUGGAGAAGACGCGGUAAUAUCACGAAAUUCACAUUCUCCCGCAAAUUCGAUACUUGCGAUGAGCAUGAUUAUAUCAUUGAAAGAGGUACAACGCAUCUAGUGUGGCUUCGCGGUCGUGGACCGCUGUCGUCCUUGGCCGGUCUCGAGAUAUCAGAUGCGAAAGCAUCGGGUAUGUCUCGUACGGAGCUCCACAGGGUGUCCCAUAAAAAGCCCAAGUUCCCCGCGAAUGCCUGGCAGCUCGAGUUACUCGCUCAUCGGGUUCAAGUGCCAAAGAAGGAGACUACCUAUUGGUGCCGUGUGCAUAAGUUGCCGUCAGUAUUAAGACAGAAGCAUCAUAUCCUACAAUUUGGUCCUGCUAUCCAAGCGGGUAACGAACACCUUGUACAUCACAUGGAAAUCUUUCAUUGCGCCGGACCAAUAGAUUUAGAAGUGCCAAUGUACGAUGGACCUUGUGACGGAGCAGAUAGACCCAAAAAGACGCAGAUUUGCAAGAAGGUGUUGGCAGCAUGGGCGAUGGGUGCUGAUGCGUUUAUAUAUCCGGAAGAAGCUGGUUUAGCCAUCGGCGGAGCUGAUUUCAAUCCGCAUGUCAUGUUAGAGGUACAUUACAAUAAUCCCGAGUUGCACCAAGGCGCUAUUGACUCUUCCGGAAUUCGAUUUAUUCUCACUAAAACACUCAGGAAAUACGACGCCGGUGUUAUUGAGCUCGGCCUCGAGUACACCGAUAAGAUGGCCAUACCUCCGCAACAGGAAGCCUUUAUGCUAUCCGGUCAUUGUAUAACGGAGUGCACCGGAGUCGGAUUGCCUCAAAGUGGCAUUCGCAUUUUCGGCUCUCAACUGCAUACUCAUUUAACGGGUACCAAAGUCAUCACUCGUCAUAUAAGGAACGGCGAAGAAUUGUCACCGAUGAACUACGAUAAUCAUUACUCCACACAUUUCCAGGAAAUCAGAUUGUUGCCAAAACCGGUGGCUAUCUUGCCUGGGGAUUCUCUGAUUACUACAUGCACUUAUAACACUAUGAAAAGAGAUAACGUGACUCUCGGCGGCUUCGCUAUAUCCGAUGAGAUGUGCGUUAAUUAUAUUCAUUACUAUCCCAACGCGCAAUUAGAGGUAUGCAAAAGUGCCAUAAGCGACGAUGCACUAAGGACGUAUUUCCGUUAUAUGCGAGAAUGGGAAAGUCAAGGGAUCAAUAUGGAAAAGGGUAUCUCGGCGAAUUAUAAGAGCAUCGAAUGGACUAAGGUCCGCGUGGAAGCUCUUCAUGAUCUUUACGAAGCUGCACCUCUAGGGAUGCAGUGUAACAGCUCCGAUGGUUCCCGAUUACCUGGCCUGUGGGAUAAUAUUGCGGCAACACCCGUUAGAUUACCUUUGUCACCUCCAACCAGAGAUUGCUUGGGGACUUCAAUCCAGCAAGAGAUUUCGGUUCAGAUAUGAAUAACGACUAAGUUAAAAAUUUAAAUUAUUCUAUCAUUCCGUUAUGUAAAACAGACAAGUAAUUAUAAUACUAAUUCAGCACAUCAAAUUUAGAAUUACCUGUUGCUUCUUCGAAAUCUUUUCCAAACUCGCAAUGUUUACUCUCACAAAUUUG